AUUGUCAAAUGUCAACAAAAAUUUAAGGUUAAAGUUGUUUUUGUAUAAUAUAAGUUCCCGCCGAAUAUUAUAAAUAUUGAAAAAUUUAUUGUUUUUGCUUCUAAAUACUGCUGAGACAACUGAGAAAAUAAACACUAAUAAAACAUCAUUCACACACAUAACUCCAAAAUGGGCAAAAAGUCGACUACCUCAACAAAUAAGAGCAAAGAAAAGCGUCAAGCGCGCAAGUUAGAACAGCGUCGUAUAGCCGAUGGCAUGUCCUUUGUGACUACGGCUAAUAAGCUGAAAGACUUGAACUCUCUAUGCAAAGACCUCUUGAUGUACAGUAUUGAGGACAAAGAGAUUGAUAUGAGCAUAUCAAGAGUCACAGAUCUUGAUAAAGAAGCGUUAGACUGGGCUAUUGAUCUAACAGAAAGGAAUAUGAAAAAAUUAUAUGAAACCUGUGCCUGGGGCUGGAAUAAAGAGCGCAAAGUGGAAGAGAUGACGGACGAUGCAGCCUGGUACCUGGUGGCUAGAGACAAGAACAAAAAGCUACAGGCCUUCUCACAUUUCAGAUUUGAUAUGGACUAUGGUGAACCUGUCCUUUACUGUUACGAGGUGCAGAUAGAAGAGGCCGAACGCAGACGGGGUCUCGGCCAGCGGCUGAUGCAGGUGCUGGAGCGGCUGGCAGCGGAGACUCGCAUGCACUGCGUGCGCCUCACCGCGCUCACGCACAACCCGAGCGCGGCCGCCUUCUUCCGGGCGUGCGGAUACAGUAUAGAUGACACGAGCCCGGCCAAAGAAGAUUGCGCGCACUAUGAAAUCCUGAGCAAAGCCACUGCAGUAGACAAUGCAGAAGAUUGUAUCGCGUAGGGGACAAACCAUUAGGCACAGAAUAGAGAAUGAUCCAGAAUGAAUCUAGGAGAGAUUACAAGCGUAGAAGCCGGUGAAACCCAUAAAUAAGAACAAACGUCACGCGUCUCCUUGACAUCCGCAUAUACAAACUUUUUUCAUAAUUUGUAUUUAAAAAAUUGACACUAACAACAAUUAUGUAAAUUAAUAUACUAAUCAAUAAUUAUAAAAAAUACUCCAUCUAACUUCUUUAGUGUUUGUAAACAUUUAUUUAGAAACAUAAGACGCCAUUUUUCUUGAAAAAUAUUGAAAGUUACUGCGACGCUUCGUGUCGUACUCGAGAUUUGUAUUUAGAAUGGCUAUCCCUGCCGUGUUUCGUACGCUAUAUCUGCCUAUUAUUCUUUAAUCUGUGCCAUUAGGCCUAAGAUUCGCGCCACGGCAUAUUAUCUCGUGUAGACAAAAUGACAUAUCUUUGACCAAUACGGGAACGAAAAAAAAACAAAUAGCACUAAACUGAAUACAGAAAAAUAUUGUUAAAAAUACAAUUCGUCAUGUUUGUUUUUUGGUUAUUAUUGUCUCAUGAAAUUUAAGAUAUAGUUUACCUACAAAAGUAAAUAUAAUUUUUAUACAUUAUCUAA